AUGGCAGGGCCCGGGGAGAUUGGCAGGGCCCGGGGAGAUAAGCAGGGACCUUUUAAGAGCCAGUACCCAUAUCUGGAUGAGAACUCUCUGGAAGGCCUUUUAAAAUGUAGCCACUACCCGGAGGAAGAGGAGAAACAAAACUGGUUAGUGGCCGACCCAGAGGGUGGAGCCAGGACUGGAAAGUCUGGUGGUCCCGGAGGUCGGGAAUGGCGACAGGACAGAGGCCAGUGCAGGACCCUGGGCCGAGGGGGAGUGGCAGGGGGCAAGGACCUCAGAACCUCGGGGAAGUCGGGGAAGGUGCCUGGUGGAGAGGGCGCCUCGGGAGCCCCCUGCGCUGCCCUCCCCUCUCCAGGCCAGGCGGGCCGGCCCACCGUGGCCUGUGCAGCUCAGCGAGUCCACGCUGGACCUCCACUUUCCCUUACUGGAGGACAACGUCGGGCCCAAACUGAGUUUGUCCUUAUGUGUGUGGUGGAGAAGGGAACUAAAAGCCCUGAAAGAGGAUACGGUGGAUUUGCAGGGCUGACUGACACAGGGCCUGGAAGAGAAUCUUCUGAUCCAUUUUCACUUGGCCUCUUAGGGCUGCUCCUGCACGGGCUCCCUGUAGUCAGGCACCUGGGAGUCCUCACCCCCAUGGGGAUCUGCCCUUUCGCCAGAAUGCCCCUGCUGACAGACAACUUCACAGGUCCCCUGCAUCCUUGGGCCUGGCCUGAAGUCCUGGCCUGUACCUGCUGGGGGGCCCCCAUUAUUUGGGAUGGCACCUUUGACCCAGAUGUGGCCCAGCAAGAGGCUGUACAGAACCUCACCACUGGUCUGACUGUCUUUGCUGUAGGCAGAUACCUGGAGAAGUACCUGGCGCACUUCCUGGAGACGGCUGAGCAGCACUUCAUGGUGGGCCAGCGCGUGGUGUACUACGUGUUCACCGAGGGCCUGGCCGCCGUGCCCCGCGUACGGCUGGGCCCGGGCCGCCGGCUGCGCGAGGAGCGCGUGGCGCGCUGGCGCCGCUGGCAGAACGUGUCCAUGGUGCGCAUGCGCGCGCUGCACGCGGCGCUGGGCGGGCGGCUGGGCCGCGAGGCGCGUUUCUUUCGCUGCGUGGACGUGGACCAGCACUUCAGCGGGACUUUCGGGUCCGAGGCACUGGCCGAGUCGGUGGCGCAGUGCUCGUGACACUACCGUUGGCGGAGGCGGCUGCUGCCCUUCGAGCGGGACGUGCGCUCGGCCGCCGCGCUGGGCCCGAGCGAGGGCGACUUCUGCUACCACGCGGCCGUGUUCGGGGGCAGCGUGGCGGCUCUGCGGCAGCUGACGGCCUACUGCGUGCGGGGCCUGGGGGACCGCGCGCGCGGCCUGGAGGCGCGCUGGCACGACGAGAGCCACCUCAACAAGUCCUUCUGGCUGCACAAGCCCGCCAAGCUGCUGUCGCCCGAGUUCUGCUGGAGCUCCGACGUCGGCCGCCGGGCCGAGAUUCGCCGCCCCCAACUGCUCUGGGCGCCCAAGGAGUACGACCUGCUGCGCGGCUAGAGACGCCCUCGGCCUGGAGGCCCGAA